UUUAGUUUUUCAUAAAACUGAAAAAGAAAUGUUGAUUAGAUUUUGAUAAAUUCGUAUAAAAGUGAAAAGUUUGGAAUAAAUAAUAGCAAUUUAGCUUAUUUCAGUUAUAAAAUUAUGUUUUAGAAAAUGCAGGCUACAUGGUUAUUAAUUGCUUUAGUGCUCAAAGCUGUUACCUGUAUUGAACACGACUUCAAAGGUUUCGAUGAUAGUAUUUUAUUUUCAAUAAAUUGGCCGGGAUCCCAAGAAAGUAUUGAUAAUUUAGUCGAUGGAGGAAACAAUGAAGCUAAUAAGGAGAAAGAUGUGAUCCAAAUUGUAACUAAAGAUAAGGAAUCUUAUGAGUGUCAAAUACCCGAAGUUAUAGUUAAUGAAUCAGUAAAUAUUGGUGAUUAUGACGGGCUCUCACCUAUGCAGUUACUGAAGCCAUUAUUUAGUCAAAAAAUAUGUUCAUACCGUCUAGAGAGCUACUGGAGCUAUGAAGUUUGCCACGGCAGGUACAUCAGGCAGUACCAUGAAGAAAGAGAUGGCAAGCAUAUCAUAACUCAAGAAUAUUACCUUGGCCACUGGACUGUAGAGAAACAGAAGGAGUUUGAAACCGCCACUGCGUCCACACCAGGUACUGAGGAGAAGCCACGGCUCACAAAGGUGGAUGGGGUUUCAUUGCCUUAUGUUGAAAUGGUUAUGGAACAUGGUACCUUUUGUGACCUGAGUGGCAAGCGCCGUCUGACAAGAAUCCAGUACGUCUGCUACAGCCCCGGCAAACAUGAGGUAUACUCCUUUAAGGAGACCUCAACAUGCGAGUAUGAGAUCAUAGUGUUAUCUCCCUUGCUCUGCAGGCAUCCCCAGUUCAAACCGAAAGAGACAUCAGAGAAUGUCAUCAAUUGUUUACCAAUAGGUGAAUCGCCAAAGAAACCAAAGAGUUUACUGGAAUUGGAAGCUGAAGCUUUGAGGCUGCAACAUCAGACAGUCAGAUUGCCGAGUGAUAGCGACGGUAAAGAGCCUGUCCUAGCUGUGGUAAAAGUCCAAAAAGUAGAAAAGGACGGCGAAACACAUCUAACGUUUGAGCUCCACUCGCUAUCAGAUGACGAAGCGACAGAAGACCCGGGGAAGGCUCUGCCCAAGCUGCCCGACGCCUCGGCGCCGGCCGCGGGCGCGCUCGACGACUCGCCUGUGAGAGCCUUUCUCAAUGGGAAGAACUGCUUGAAUGGGGGCUCAGGAUGGUGGAAGUACGAGUUCUGCUACGGCAAGCACGUGUCUCAGUACCACGUGGACCGCGCGGGGGCCAGCACCGUGGUCACGCUGGGCACCUUCGACCCGCAGGCGCACCGGGACUGGCUGCGGGAGAACAAGGCCAAGGCGCCCAAACCCCUCGACCAACGCACUUCAAUAUCACACCUGUACUCAAACGGGGACAUUUGCGACAAGACCGGCAAGCCGCGACAAACUGAAGUGAAACUCAAGUGCCUCGAGAAUUCAUCGAGCUCAGCCCAAGUCUCGCUUUAUCUUCUCGAGCCGAGAACCUGUCACUAUAUUCUAGGAGUUGAGUCGCCGCUUAUAUGCGAUAUUCUACCGUAUGCUGAUGAGUAUGGGCUCAUUAACAUGGCAAAAACUAUGCCUAUAAAGGAAUCUGAAGAAGUAUAUGAAGACAAAGAGGAAGAGGAAGAAGUAUUAGCUAAGAAAGAUAUAUUUAUAUUAGGAAAUGAUUGAGUCAAAUAAAUGAUGUGUUUUGUCACAGA